GUUGAUGCUGCCGCCGCGAUGUCCGUGUUGGUGCAGCCAUCAUCCCAUUGUGCAGAUCUUUGUCCCUCGCGUGCCGCGGCGUCGCUGCUCUAGUGCUGCGCUGUGAUCGUUUUCUCGCCUGGAGAAGCUCCGCGACGCCGGGCGUACGGCGCUUGCGGUCGCAUUAUUCACCAGUACAAAGGAUUUCGCUGCGUCCCUCGGACUGCUCAUUUUGUGCUAGAUAAUUAGUGAGUCGAGUGGAGCCUGACUGUGAUGCAAAUCGUGGGCGGAAUGGGCGCAGCAGCGGCGGGCGGCGAUAGUAGUGGACAGUCGCAAUGCAUCACCUGUCAAUAUCAGCUGAACUAGGCGGACGUGUAACCAUCGCAAGCUGUCGCGACGCUUAAAAUAGAGAUUGUCAUUUGUAUUGGCUAUUUGUAGUUUGUGCCAAGUGGAGGCGAAUGCGUUGGCACUCACGUGCCGUAUGUCCCCUGACUCUGCAUGUCUUGACAAGGCACAAUCUGUGUCAUAGUAGUGAGGUCACGUGUAUGUGCCCGUGGGCGUAAAGGAUUUUGCAGGACGUUUACUAAUAUGCAUUAACAGUAGAGACCGCACACGGGUUUUGCGUCGAUGAGAGCACUCGCAGUGGGCGUGUCACUGCAUCACGUGACUAGUGAAUAGUGGGAUAGUAGCACACCUGGGACAGGUACAACCUGUGUUGUAACCUCGUCAUGAACUGUGAUGUUUUUCUACUUGUGGACUACUGAUUUCCAUUUUGCACCAGUGAUGGAAGACAUUUAACGAGGCGAACUGUCAGUUUCUCAUGUUGUCCAUCUUGUGCGUUUAUCAUUCUCUAGUAAGUAGCGCCCGUGACCCUUCGCCGCCCCUGCACGAACAUUCCCAGCAAGUUCUCCUCCCCGAGAACAUGAAGCCAGUUGACAGGGAGGAUGCAACGCCCCACGAGACCCAAGACGAUGGCACGAGGGCGUCAGCUAAGGAGGAAAUGCCUUGCGAGGCAGGAGCGAGGCCACGAGGCCCGCCAACUCCUGCUGAGCAGUCACCCGAGGCCGAGGUGGGGGAGGCAUCCGACACCGAGGUAGACAUAUACGACGAAGGGGAAGGUGGUGUCACUCGAGCUGAAGAAACAGAGGAAGGAGGGGCGCCCCAGGGCUCAGCAGGGGAACGCAGGCUCGAGUCGGCGCGGGCGAGUGUGGAGUCAGACACCCCCAACGCUAUGUAUGAUAAGCUAACCAUCUGUGAUGCGUGUGAGACGCGCCACCACCCAUCUAGAGAACACACCUCCGCUUGUGAUUGUGUCCACGCAAGUCGCAGUCACGUUGACUCCAGUACCCGUGAUGACUCUAUAGAGCCCCAGGAGGAGCCAGAGAUUCCCAGCAGACUCUUGACCCCUCGUGGGAGGCUAAUGAGGCAGGGGCAGGGACCGACCCCUGGCCAGCAGUGGAGCGCCACGCUGAAUCGCCCCUCGCGCAGGGGUCGGUGCGUCCCGACGCCAGUGGAUCCCCGCGGGGUUCGCUCGCAGACGGAACCUCCGGCUAACAAACCUCCGCCGGACCUGCUGCAGGUGUCGUGGGUCUGGGAAACCCGACAACCUGCUCGCGUGGCUUCCGUGCGUCGGCGUCCGACGCGGAAGAUCUCGUGCCGCCGGAAGAUCAGGCCGAGACUCACCAUUCGGAAAGCCACCUCCAGGAAGAAUAGCAUCUCGCCACAGCACAGGGCGUCCCCCGCGAAGGAUGAGGACGAGACCUGGGCGGAGUGCGAGGAGGAAGAGGGCGGGGGUGAAGCGCCCGCCAAAGUCCCGGAGCGCAGGCCGCCGCUCGCGCCAGAUGUUCUCCUGACGGGGACGCAAGCUGCACCGGGGCUGAUUUUAGGUUCUAUCCCGCAGCCGAACCGGGAUGGUAUCGCGGAGGAGCCUGACCCUCCCCCCGGCCCCCCGCCUGAGGUUGCGUUGAGGAACACGAGGAACCUAAACUACUUCCAGACUGCCAGCCGCGCUGUCAAGCAGCGGUGGCGCAACUCCGACAUCGUGCUGCCUAAACUCCUCAGGGAGUCUUGGGCGAACGUUAAACCCGAAUACGGAAACAAAAAGAAGAGAACGUUGUUUGACAGAGCCAGAAACAUCCCUGUGCACAUACGAAAAAUCUCUCAUUUGCUUGUGAAAAGUGUGAAGCCGUCCGAGAAUAGUGACCUCUAUGGCAGUGAGAAAGAGAACGACAUAAUAUACCUGGAUCUGAGAAGGCAGCUCCGAGACAGCCUGCAGAGACAGCGGAGUGUGCGGCGGCGAAGCGUCCCCGCGGUCGUGGGCGUGAAGCGACAGGGCUCCUUCUCUCCGAGGAACAGCCUUGGGAGGAACAAGGCCGUCACCUGGAACCAGAAGUACCAGGCUGUGAUGGGCCUGAAGCGCGCGGGCGACGGGCCUGGGCGAGGAGGCGCUGACUGUCCCGUCAUCCAGGUGACCAAGGCCGCCGAGGGCUCGGCCACGCCCGCCUCCGAGGGCGAGGGGGAGGGGGAUUGGCGCUCCCUAUGCAGCACCCCCACCCCCUCCCCCCACCACGCGCUCCUGGGGCUCGACCUCCCUCAGAAGAAGCCGAACGUGCUAGAGAAACUGUGGGGGCGUCUCCGCCACUCCGUCCCGCGUUCGCUCUCGCCCUCCAGGUCGCAGUGUUCUAGUCGGAGCAGCAUGAGCGGAGGCAGUGAGGACGGCCACUCCCCGUCCCACUCGUCCGACUACGAGGAUCAGGAUGAGGUUGAGCGGUCGGGCUCGGCCUCACUGGUGGGGCGGAUGCGCGGGCUGAGGCGAGACAUGCAGAAGAAGAUCUCCCGCCUCAAGAGCCCCCGCGGCAGCACCUCCAGCUCUCCCGGGCCCGCGGGCGUCUCGGCCGACAAGGCAGGAGCGACGCUGUCCGCGCCCAUGCAGCCCUCGGCGUCCUCGUACGAGAGCAUACCUUCGUCAGCGCCCCUGGGAAAGGUUUAUCAAAUGACCUUUGCCUCUCCAGCAGCCGCAACAGCAUCAGGCAGCAACCGGUCAUCUCUCUCCGGGGAGGAAGCGGAGCCGUACACUGGCCCCUUCAUAGGACGAGCGCGCGCGCUGGUCGACUGCCAGCCCUCGCCCUACGACAGGGACGCGCUCAAGUUUAAGAAAGAUGACAUAAUAGACAUCAUAGCCAAAAACCCCUCAGGCCUCUGGAAGGGCUGUGUGGAUGGCAGGGUUGGGCACUUCAAGUUCAUCCUUGUAGAGGAGGAGGUGGAGCGCCCUGCCCGCCGCCACCGGCCGUGGCGGGGCACCACUCCUCGCAGAGGCCGGGCCAGAACGUUAGAGGAGCUGCUGACACGGCUCAAUCUGGGGCAUCUUAUACAGGUAUUUGUUCUAAAUGGUUAUGAAGAUUUGGAACAGUUUAGAGAUGUGGAAAAAGCAGAUCUUGAUUGCCUUGGCAUUACUGACCCUGAGACUUGUGCCAAACUGCUCACUGCUGUGGCACUGCUUCAUGAUGCAGACUCCGAGCCGGAACCUGAUCUGCCAGAGAUGUUAGAAACUACUGAUGCAGCACUCCGCCGUGGUGACCAUGGAAGAGAUUCAGGUUGCUAUACUGACCAUCGCAGUGCACACUCUGCUGUAUUAGAUGAAAACAAUCUCGAUACACGGCAGUCCACACCCUCAACCGACACCUCAUCCGGGUACCAUAGUCGAGGCCCUUAUAACAUUCCUUUAGGGGAGGCGACUCUCACUUCACGGGAGGAAGCUCUCAGCUCAGCACUUGAUUCGCCCCCAUCAGAGUCCACCACUUCGGGUGCAACAAGUAGCCAGCCAUUAACACAGUCUGAACCUCACUCCUAUCGGGCCCAUCUCGCUACCGUCCUUCCUGCCAGUCCUCGUGCGAAGGUCCGUCACGGUCAACAAGAGGAUCAGAAGCAAAGACCUGACCCUCAAGUUGAUUAUGAGGCCAAGUAUAAUUCUGCACGCAAUGUCUUUGAAAAGGAGGUAGUAAGGCGUGAGGUCCCUUACACAGUUCGUUCUCCAAAGCGCAGUGCAGGGACCUCUCAGUCACCACCAUCGGAUUCAGAGGAAGGAACAGCCGCUGCUCCAGAGGAACCUUCGCCAUAAGGAAUCUUCAACAAUAUAGCCAUAUAUAACCCAGUAUUUCCCUCCCUUCUAGAUAGAAUUUAAAAUCUUUUGAUCUUAAAAAAAAUUCUGAUUUAUAAUUGUUCCAGUGGUAUUUAUCUUACUCUGAAUUUGACUCUAACCUGCAUUCUGAAAUUCUUGCAAUGAAAAUUAUUAUUGAUAGAGUAAUGAAUAUCCUCUCCAAGUUUGUUUUUUUGAAAAGUCGCUUCUAGGGACUUUGUACACAUUAUUGUGAAUACACUAAUGCAGGGAGAUAUGAGUCUUAUGAAAUUCAGUGAUUUUCAAACAACAGAACUGUGUAACUAGUAUAUACCCUCUUUAUAUUAGUGAAUCAUGUGAUGUGGACCCUAUCUGAAGUCAUGCAAGAUAUUUCUGUGUAGCUUGUACUGUCAGGUAGUUAGGAAAAAAAAGCUAAGUACUUAUCCUAUUCAGAAGUUUCCCAUGUAAUGAUUGGUGCAGUGCAGUUCCUGUUAUUAGUCUCAAGGGUUUUAGAUGUUCCUGCUAUAGAGGAAGUGGCUGGGAAGUGUUGUGCAGCCAACUUGUAUAGCCCGUCUUUCAUUUUAAAUCUUAACACAGAAUUAUAUCAGCUACUACCAUAUCAUUUUAUAUAUAUAAGGAAAGUUAUUGUAACUAAGAUAUCUGAACAUUUAUUGUAAGAAUCAAGCAAUCACUAUGAGGAUAGAAUAAAGGCCAAAAACCUUCAUGGUGAUGAUAAAAAAUAGUUAUUUUAUGUACCAUUUGCCACAAGAAUUGUGGACUUGAAGUCUGAAGAGGACUAGUUUCAUAAUAUAUAAUUUAGAAGUUCUUUAUUUAUCGUAAUUUUAAAUUUCUCAGUAUUUUAAAACCUUUUUUGCAUUUAUGUAGGUAUGAGGAAUGAUUGUGUUGUAGUAAUUUUCAACAUGAUAUAUAUUUUUUAUAUGUUGCUAUAAUCAGCUACAUAAUGUUGAGAAUCAUCAGUUCCUGGAAACAUUAUCUUCAUAAGAAUCUGGUGAUUGACUGGAGGCCUCAGUACCCAAACACAGGAUGACUUACAGUGUAAUGCAGAGGCAAUGCUUAAAUAAUAAAAUGGACAACAGUUAAUGUGAGCCAUAGAGUUUACACAUUCAGGUAUACAGUGUAGCAAGUUUUAUGGUACAUACAUGCAACAGUUGUGUCAAAGAAAUCUUCCAGUAUAUACCUUGUGAUGUUAGAGUAUUGUAAUAUGAUUACAGACACUGUGUUUUCUGUCUUUAUUCACAAAGAAUUAGUUCCCUAUAGUUGUUUACCAAAUGCACAUCAUUUUGUUAAAUUUCCCUGUAUUUAUUUUUUCAGUCUUAUCAAAAGUAUUCAUAUAAUUUUAGAUUCAAAUUGCUUUUACUUUAAAAUGAUGCGCUUCCUAAAAUGGUCACAUGACAACAUCUUUGCAGUCAUAUAUUUCUUAAACUAAUGGAUUUUACUCUUCCAACUUUUGUAUUGUACAGACUUGUGCGUCAUCACUAUUUGUAAAUAGUCUUAUAUUAAAACAAUAGAUCAAAGGA